UUGUGUCAUAGAAUGAACCAUAACACUGAUGCUGGUUCAGAGUGAUAUUAUAUAAUAUUUAUGUGUUAGUUUACGUGUCUUCAUUCCGUGUAUACGGUUUAAUAAUUUGUAUUUAUCAGCAUUAUCUUGUUAAACCCAACAGUAUGAUCUCGUUGUUGAUUUUACCGAGAUGUUGUACUAUCAAUGUCAAAAGUAAGGGAAGAAUAUUGACAGGCAAAGGUUUAUCAAGGUUACAUUAUGUCCAUAGGAAGAUUUCAUCGAGGUUUGUCUGUGUCCAGAAGCUGGACCUGAAUGGAAAUGGAUAUUCGGGUGUUUUGGGAUGUCAGAAAAGCUUUCAGAGAGGGAUUUCUGGAGGAGGACAUGGUGGCAGAAAACAGAGUAUGACUCUGGACGACAUUGCAAAAGGAAUUCGAGAAAAAGAGUACAAACGGAUUGUGGUGAUAGCUGGAGCAGGGAUUAGUACUCCAAGUGGAAUUCCAGAUUUCAGAUCACCCGGAAGUGGCCUUUAUGACAACCUCCAAAAGUACAACCUCCCCUAUGCCGAGGCCAUAUUUGCGAUUAACUAUUUCCAUCACAACCCUAAACCUUUCUUUGCCUUGGCUAAAGAGUUGUAUCCUGGUAAUUAUCGUCCCUGUCUGACACACUAUUUCAUCCGGCUGCUUCAUGACAAAGGCCAGCUGCUCAGGAUGUACACGCAAAACAUCGAUGGACUUGAGAGAAUGGCAGGAAUACCAGAUAAAAAGUUAGUUGAAGCACACGGUACAUUUGCGACAGCCACAUGCACCCUUUGUCGUCGAAAAUACCAAGGAGAAGACCUGCAUAAUGAUAUAAUGGAAGGAACCGUGCCUCACUGCUCUUAUUGUAAAGGAAUCAUUAAGCCUGACAUUGUGUUUUUCGGUGAAGAGCUGCCGCAGCAAUUUUUCCUCUACCUCACCGACUUCCCCAUGGCAGACCUGCUGAUUGUAAUGGGUACAUCUUUAGAGGUGGAGCCAUUUGCCAGUUUAUCCGGAGCCGUGAGAAGUUCCGUGUCUCGCCUCCUUAUUAAUCGUGAACUAGUGGGACCCUUUGCGUGGGGCUCUUCACGGCAGAGUGACGUGGCAGAGCUGGGUGAUGUAGUUAGCGGCGUGAGGAAACUCGCAGAUGCUUUGGGAUGGAUGCCUGAGCUGGAGGCUCUUAUGGCUGACGAUCGUCAGAAGGCUUCAAAGAAGAGAGAGGAAUGACUGUCCAGAGAUGAGACACCAGCUUCAUUUCUUGCAUCUUCUCAGUUAUUUUGUGGCUGUGAUGUCUUGGCUCGUCACCCGUAGCACUUAAACAAACUUGAUGGAGUUGAACUGUGAUGAAGACAGCACCUGGAGGCUCAGCUCACUACAUUAGUCUUUCUUUGUAGCUUUAAUUGUUGUUUUAAAGCCUCCGAGUUAAUGGGGAAUUAAAAUGUUUAAACAUGACAUUAAGUUCAGGUGAUUUAAAAUAAUUAUUCCUACUUUUCAUUAUUAAAGUUUUGAAAGGUG